AUGCCUCUUCCAUUAGAUGACGUGCCGCCUGUGACGGAUGAAAGCGCAAGCUUUGAUCUGAUUGCACACCGGUCGUCCGAUCUCCUUCAAGCUAUCGCCUUCAAUGCCUAUGGUGAUCGCUGUGCUACGGGCUCCGUCGAUGGCCAGAUUCGCAUUUUCAACCGCCGCAAGGAUGGGAUUUGGCAACUGUCCGACUCAUGGAGCGCACACCCUGGGGAGAUCCUCGAGCUGCAAUGGCUGCCACCUACAGUCUAUCCAAACAUUGUCGCCUCACUUGGAAUAGAAGGUCGCUUCAAGCUCUGGGCGGAAGAUGACACGGCUGCACCUGGAAGGCGCUUCAGUGCCAAGAACAACAACCCAAGGGCAGCAUUCGAGAGCAGGUCCAACAAGUCGCCUUACCGUUCCUUUUCCAUGAAGCACAAUGAGGAGACCAGAUACACUUACUUUGCAUUCCUUUGCGCUGAUGGUCGGCUCUCGGUACACGAGGGCGAGGAACCUGAGAAUUUGGCAGAUUAUUCCGAGGUUGAUGAAUUCCAAGCUCUCCCCAAGCCAAGUCGCGGUGAGGAGACCUGCUUCAAGGUCCGUUUCGACCCAAAUCCGGAGCCAUGUUACAAGGCCCUCAGAGCAGGUGUCCCGACAGACGCACUGAGUCUCGUGGUUGCUGGCAUGACCACAGUCAAGGUCUUUCGAUCACGGGAUAUUGUGGCUAGCUCCUUUGGCGCAGCCACGCGAGCCAGGGAGUUUUACCAAGCAAUUGAGAUCAAGGGACAUAGAGGUCUAGUUCGCGAUGUUGCUUGGGCACCUGGAAACUUCCGUGGACACGACAUGAUAGCCACGGCCUGCCAGGAUGGCUUUGUAAGAGUGUUCCGAAUUGAUACGCCGUACAACAAGGAUGAUGGUAGAUCUUGGGCUGUAGCAGACAUUACGGGCAAGGACAAGGCAGAGACAGCAGGACAAGCUGGACCCUCUACGCCGGCACAGAACAACAAUCAGCCCAAAGGGCCUCAACAGGCACAUUCAGGUAUAAGAGCCGAGCUGGACAAGUCGGGAACUCACGCCGAGAGGUCAAACACGGGUCAAGUGGGUCAGAUCAACCACACUGUUCGUGAGUUGUCGAAGCUGGAGAGUCAUCGAUCACCCGUCUGGAGAGUUGGAUUCGAUGAUGACGGUCAAAUCCUUGGAAGCGUUGGCGAUGAAGGGAAGUUAAUGUGCUACCGUCAAAAGGCAGAUGGGACAUGGGCGAAGAGCUCGGAGCUGGGUAUGAUGAAGCAAAGACUCGUCAUACCACAAAAUCUUUCUGGUUGA